AGCUUUGAACACGCCCACAACAACCUGCAUCUGAUGUGUUUUGGACGCUGCAGCUCUUCAGAUACAACUUUCUCCUCACUCUGUUAAGUAAUAUGUCAAAAUAGUUCGUCGCUUGUGAUUACUGUCUCAAUAAUGUCUGAAAUCGAUUUGGGUCUGGCAAACCAACAUGUCGCACCUGACAAAACACCAAUUCAGCUGCUUCAUGAAUAUGGCAUCAAAAUUGGCAGUGUGCCUUCUUAUGUGAUGGAGAGAACUGCUGGAGAAGCCCAUCAACCGCUCUUCAUCUUUAAUGUUACUAUUGGGGACAUCACCUGCUCAGGCCAGGGUCCCUCUAAAAAAGCUGCCAAACAGGAGGCUGCGUUUGCGGCUUUGAAAGUCCUUGAUUUAGACAUUGAAAAUUGCCUUCAAAAUCAGAUGAUGGAAAAUAAUGGUUGCUGUGAAGCAAACGACCAGCCUAAUCCAAUAGGAAUACUGCAGGAGUUGGCGAUGCAGAGGUCAUGGCAUCUGCCAGAAUAUAUAGUAUGUUUAGAAGCAGGUCCAGAUCAUAUGAAAGAGUUUACAGUUAUUUGUCGUUUGGAGACACUCUCAGAAAAAGGUACAGGGAGCUCUAAAAAGAAUGCCAGGAGAAUAGCAGCAGAAAAGAUGUUGGAAAAACUUCAAUGUCUCUCAGGGUCUACUGAGAUUAAAUGGAAUCCAAAACCAUAUGUAUAUUUGGAGAGUAUGAGGAAAUCUGAGUUAGAGAAGAUUUCGUUCCUGCGGAGGAAUCCUCUCAGUAUUCCCAACAUGGACUAUGUACAGAUGAUCCUGGAGUUAUCUCAGGAGCAGGGCUUUGAGGUCACAUAUUUUGACAUAAGUGAACUUACAGUAAAUGGGCAGUACCAGUGUUUGGUUGAGCUGUCCACCAUGCCAGUUACAGUGUGUCAUGGUACAGGGCUCUCCUGCAGUAAUGCACACAAUGAUGCAGCUCACAGUGCUCUACAAUACAUGAAGAUAAAGACUAGCACCUAAAUAAUCACCAGCUAUACUGUACAGAUAAGCUUUAAAUUAAUCACCAUGAACAAAUUGGGUCCGUGUCUGAAAGUGUGCUUUGCCCAUUUUUGCUGCAACUACAGUGUCAGUUACUUACUUGAGAGAAAUUUCUUUCUUUCUGAUGGAUGUGUGACAUCCAUGUAGGGCUGUAGCUAUCAAUUAUUUUAGUAAUCGAGUAUUUUACCGAUUAAUCCAUCGAUUAAUAGAGUAAUCGGAUAAGAAGUCCUUUUUUCUUUAUUAAAGAGCAAUAUUAAAUAUACAAGAGAAAAUAAGACGGGUCUAUUCAAAUGAACAAGGAAACGCACUGUAUGGUGUUUUAUUUAUGUUUUAGCUUGAAACUAUUCCAGACUUUGGAAACUUUGUCUUUUCCUUUGGCCUGGAAGCCCAUUAUCGCCACAUAAAAUAAAUGUUUGCAUAAUUCAGACUCGGAAAUUACGAGAUAGGCCUCGAAAUUGUGAGGGGAAAAAAAUUACGCAAACUUUAAAAAAUAUAAAUACUUUUCUCGUAAUCAUCCAACAUUUUUGGUGCAUCCACUGGUUGUCGGUCUAAAGUUAAAGCUGUUGGUGUAUAAACAAGGCCUCCUCUGCUUCAUACUCAAGUUACUCAAGGAAUAGUAAAUUUGCAAUGUAGGUCUCAGUCUGACAUUUUAUUAGUCCAUCACUCACACUCUAGAAACAGAACACUAAAUUAACCACACUUUACCUGAUGAAACAUGCUGGGAGGCAAAAAUGAGACAAUUUGUGAUUGAAAAGAAGUAUUUUGUACAGUGUGCUGUGUAUGAAGUUUUUAUAUUUUUCUUGGAACCUAUAAUUGAAUAUAGAGCAUAUUAUGUUUUUAAAUCUUUGUUUUUAAAUAUUUAAUUUGUAUUUUGUCAUUCUUUUAAAGAAGUGUCAUUCUUUUCCACUUCAGUCAGAAUUAAACCUAAUAUUCAUGGCUGUUAAUCCAAAUAAACAUGUCUCCUUUAUUAUUUAAAUGUCAUUCAUUUCCUCAGAAUGAUAUAUUUUUUUAUCUAACAUUUAUUGUUACAUAUUCAAUGUGAAUCAACUCCAUUGAGAUUUUUUUACCCGAAGGAUGCAAGCAGAAAGAAAAUGUGAAAAAAAGCUCUUUAAUAAUUAAUGUGGCAAUUUAUAUUUAAUAUUUUAUUCAUAAAAGUCUAAUUGAAGUCACUUUCUUUUCUACACUGUUAAAAACGCUGGCAUGAGCAUGAAUUCUUUGUGAAUGAAGGUUUGAGUCCUGGAUAUGAAGUGGGUAGUGUAAUAUUUAAUUUUAUAAGCUAUGUCUCAAAGGGUUUUAUUGAGAACUAAGAGAGCCAGUGGUACUGAGCAGCUGCUGUGUGUUAAUUCAUUUAAAUUAUUUACACUGUUAAGAUGUUUAGCAUCUUUUAAAAGGAAAUAAAUGGAUCACUUGCA